AGCCGCUGUCAGCAGAACAGACGGUCCACACUGGAGCUGGAAGCGAAGCGCUGCGGGAGGCAAAACGUUCGAGUCGAGCCCAUCAGAGCCACGCAUCCUUAGCACUGAGAAGAAGCCGGUGCUGGAGGAGGAGGAGGAGGAGGGUGGACUCACCUGCACCAAUCCAGUUGGGAAGUUUAAAAAUAAAAGAUAAACAACAUGCGCUGAAAGGAGAGCUGUCACGAACUCUGUGCUUUAUAAACCAGAGAUACAGCCGAGGGAAAAGAAGGUGGGAAAAAAUCCGCCUCCGACAAGUUUUUAUCUAUUUUUUUUUUUUUUGAAGCGGAGAUCCUGGUGGAGAUGAAUACCAACGAUGCCAAGGAGUAUUUGGCACGGAGGGAGAUACCUCAGCUGUUUGAGAGUCUCCUGACAGGUUUGAUGUAUUACCGGCCCGAUGACCCUAUUGAAUACCUGGAAGGCUGUCUAAAGAAAGUCAGGGAGCUUGGUGGCACUGAUAAAGUGAGGUGGGAUACUUUUGUGGGCCAGGAGAGGAAGUCCCUUCCUCCACUCAAUGGGGGACAGUCACGGAGGUCCCUCUUCAGAAAUGUGUUGCCCGACAGCCCCAACUUCCCCUACAGACGGUAUGACCGCCUCCCUCCCAUCAGCCAAUUCUCCAUUGAGAGCGACUCGGACCUGUCGGAGACGGCCGAGCUCAUAGAGGAGUAUGAGGUGUUCGACCCUUCCAGGCCGCGACCCAAAGUCAUCCUCGUCAUUGGUGGCCCUGGCAGUGGCAAAGGAACACAGAGCCUGAAAAUUGCAGAGCGCUACGGCUUCCAGUACAUGUCUGUGGGCGAACUGCUGAGGAAGAAGAUGAUCCAUAACGCCACAAGCAACAGAAAGUGGAGCCUGAUCGCCAAAAUCAUCACCAACGGAGAGCUGGCACCGCAGGAAACCACAAUAACUGAGAUAAAACAGAAGAUUAUGAAGAUCCCAGAGGCCAACGGUAUCGUCAUAGAUGGCUUCCCUCGAGAUGUUGGACAAGCUCUGUCCUUUGAAGACCAGAUCUGUACUCCAGACCUUGUCGUUUUCCUGGCCUGCACCAACAGCCGUCUGAAGGAGAGGCUGCAGAAGAGAGCCGAGCAACAGGGAAGACCCGAUGAUAAUCCAAAGGCCAUCGACCGUCGCCUGACCAACUUCAAACAAAACACGAUUCCUCUGGUCAAGUACUUCCAGGAGAGGGGCCUGAUUGUUACGCUGGAUGCUGAUCGAGAUGAAGAGGAGGUUUUCUGUGACAUCAGCAUGACUCUGGAUAACAAGCUGUUUCCCUCCAAAGAGCCCGCCGCUGGUCCAAGUGAGCUGGAUCUCAGUCUGCUGGGGGAAACAGGCAGCCUGGCAGAGGUAGCCUACAAGGACAAUGAGGCUGAUGAGGAGGACAAUAUUGGGUAUGCUGAAGGAGCCACAGAAGGUUACUGCAAAGAACAGAAGAAACCAAAGGUUAUCUUCAUGAUGGGUGGCCCGGGAUCUGGUAAGGCUGUGCAGUGUGAACGGAUGGAGGAGAGGUUUGGUCUGCGCCGCGUCACCCUGGGCGACCUGUUAUGUGGCGAGUUGCAGGGCCACAGUGAGAGAGGACGCCACCUGCGGGACAUUCUGGAGAGAGGAGAGAAAUUGCCAGAGGAGACACUGAUGGAGCUGCUGUUUGACGCAGUGGCGUCGUCCAUGCGACAGGGAAAGGGUCUGGUUGUCAGUGGCUUCCCCAGAGACCUGAGGCAGGCGGAGGAGUACGAGGCCAAGAUGGGGGAACCGAGUGCCGUGGUCCUGCUGAGCUGUUCUCCAGAGACCAUGUCCAGCAGGAUGCAGAACCGCAGGAGAUCCUCCUCCGACAGGGAGAACGCCCUGCAGAAGAGGGCCCAGAACUUCUGCAGCGAUGUCCAGGCCGUCAUAGCUUACUAUGAACGCAAAACCCUGCUCCAAACGAUCAACGCAGAGCGUUCGCCACACGAGGUGUUUGCCCAGAUCUGCCAAGCCUUAGAGUCAUCUGCCACCUUCUAAUUCUCAUCAUUUCCACCCUGAUGCUCACCAGCCCCACUGUUGAAGAAGCCCCACCCCUUUCCAUUACCUCCACAACUCCCUCACACCUGCACCAGCUUAUUGAACUUAUGUGGUAUGCAUGCCUCACCUGCAGUCAGUUAAACCCCCUCCACUUCAUUUUGCUUGGCCCCGCCCCAGAUCUUACAUUAACCUCAGUUUAUGCUGCCAACUGAACGAGGCUCAACUGUACAGAUAAAACAGCUUUCCCUGCUGCCACUGAGAGCACGCCGGACGUUUCCACCAAAGGCAAAGCAAGACAGACGAAACGUCAGCGUGUUUCCAUCCCCGUGCUCAGCACUUUGCUUUGUAUCGUAACAAGCAUGCAGCUCUAACAGUUUAAAGCUUAAAACUGCCUUUCUAGCAUUAAAUAAAACGCAGCGGCGCUUUAAGAGUAUUAGGAUUACCGCAUUUGUAUGUUUUAAAAGCUCAUUGUACUGAUUUUUGUUUGAGUGGUAUCUGACAUUCCAAUAAAGCCAAUGCAUUUGUUUAAUGGAG